AUCAAACAACAUGAAUCAAAUUAUAGAAGGCCUUGAUAAUGAAGUCAGUUUUAUUUUCUUCUUUAUAACGUUACUACUAGCAGUUGUAGUUCCAUUGUAUAUAUUGAGACCUGCGAGACGUACUGCUCCAAACCAAACAACAGAAGCAGUGCCAGAAAAUAAUGACAACAGUAGUAAUUCUGAUUCAACUGGUCCGACUUCCAACAGUGCCAAUAUAACACAGCAAGAAAACAACAUAUAUCCUGAAAUUCCAUGUAACACUUCUGAAAAUAGACCUACUGAUCCACAAAAUGAGACAGUGCAUGAUGAUAGUAAUGAUAUGAUACAACUUCGUGUGAUACACCAUGAAAAUUCGCAGCAACUGAGUGUCAGUAAAAAUAUGCAACUGAAAGAUUUAAAACAAAAAUGCUUCCCCACGGAAUAUGCAGAAGGACGCACUAUUAGAUUGAUUUAUUCUGGUCGGGUUUUGAAUGGAGAAGCUUAUCCAUUACGUUAUCUUGGUGUGAUGAAUGGAAGCGUUCUUCACAGUGUUAUAUCAGAUCAAACUCAGCAGGGACGUAGCAAUCAAGCUGCAACAACCUCAAAUGAUUUGGAUUUCAGUGAAUAUUUUUUACCUCUUCUUUCUGUUUUUUUAUUUGGUUCAUGGACUUUCAUCUUCACUUAUUCUAAUGCUUUUUCUGUAACGAGCAUCACCAUACUAGGUUUUCUAACUGUGUUAUUUGCAGCGUGUACUAUCUGGCAUUAAAGCUGAAUAUAUUUUUACUAAAUUA